AUGGACACCCCCAAGCGCUCAGGAUCAACCGUACCCAGCUCAUCAGACUCUAAACGUAUCAAGCUUACGGUCCCACAACAACCCCAAGGCGCUUCACCAGUCGACCCCGAAAAUGCGCCAGGAAAGCGGAGCGAGCUCGACCCUCUCGUUUCUACUGACAUUGGCAACCUCCCACCCAACGAGGGCUCAUCAACAGGUCCGGAAACAGGAUCGGGAAAAGUGCGGGUGUUGAAGGAGGAUGGUGACGACGACGAAGGCGGGACUGGGGGACCAGGCGACGCGGACGUGUCUAUGGCCGACGGUGGCGACGACGAGGGUGACUCGGGCGACGACAACGACGAUGAAGACCCGGCUCAGCUCGAGGCGACGCGUCUCCGGUUGGAGGAACAAGCGCGCAAGUAUCUCGCGGCCCAGACCCAUGAAGUCAUCGUACCCUCAUAUUCGGCCUGGUUCGAUAUGUCGAAGAUCCACCCCGUUGAACAGAAAGCACUCCCAGAGUUCUUCAAUUCGAGGAGCCGGAGUAAAACGCCGGCCAUCUACAAGGACUACCGCGACUUUAUGAUCAACACAUACCGCUUACGCCCAACCGAAUACCUCACCGUCACAGCCUGCCGAAGGAAUUUGGCCGGCGAUGUGUGUGCCAUUAUGCGCGUUCAUGCGUUCUUGGAGCAGUGGGGAUUGAUAAACUACCAGAUCGACCCCGAACUACGCCCAGCAGUCCUGGCUCCCCCAUUCACGGGCCACUUCCGCGUCGUUCUCGAUACCCCCCGAGGCCUACAAUCUGUUCACCCUGGGACACGGCCCAACCCUGCCACAGGCGGCCUGAACGGUUCGAAAGUCCCCACCGCCCCAGCGGCCCCCGCUUCCCUCGAACUUCGCAACUCCAUCUACCAAACCACUGCCAAAGCCUCACGACCCAUCACAUCCUCAGAAGCCACCGCCCUUGCCAACGGAAGCGCUCCUGUCAGAGCCAACGGCACGGGUGCUGCAUCACAAAACGUCGCCCAUUCAUGCGACACCUGCGGGGCAGACUGCACGCAGGUGCGGUAUCAUUCGCUCAAGGACAAGAAGAUGGAGAUCUGCGGCCCCUGCUACCUCGAUGGGCGGUUCCCAUCGAACAUGUACAGCGGCGACUUCGUGAAGCUUACCGCUGCCGCGAGCGCCGUGUCGCAGGGGAGCGGUGCAAGCGACGACUGGUCGGACCAGGAGACGCUGCUCCUGCUAGAAGGCGUGGAGAUGUACGACGACGACUGGUCGAAGAUCGAGGAGCAUGUCGGCACGCGGUCGGCUCAGCAGUGCAUUCGCCGGUUCCUUGAGCUGCCAAUCGAGGACCCGUAUCUGAACACCGAGGGUUCGAUGGGACCACUGAGGUUCGGCAGGAUACCGUUCGAACAGGCCGACAACCCUGUUAUGAGCGUCGUCGCGUUCCUCGCUGGCGUCGUCAGCCCAGGUGUCGCGGCUGAGGCUGCAAAGACCGCCCUGCAUGUGCUGACCGACGGCUCCACUGCCGAAGAGAAGGAAAAGUCUUCCGAAAAGAAGGCCACCGAGGACGAGAACCGGAUGGACGAAGACCCAAAAGAGGACUCCGCCGCAACCGCAGAAGGCAGCAAGCCGAAGCACGCCCUCCCCCACUCCCAAGUCGUCCGCGCCGCCGACCUCGCCCUGAAGUCCUCCGCCAAAGCCGCCCAGGCUCUCGCUGACGCCGAAGAUGCCCAGAUUAAGAACACCCUCUCGCAGCUUAUCAAACACACGCUGACUAAGCUCGAGCUCAAGAUGUCGCAAUUCGAGGAGCUGGAGGAGAUCCUUGAGGAAGAGCGCAAGGCACUCGAGAGUGCGCGGAUGGGGCUCGUUAACGAACGGGUGAACCUCAAGCGGAUGCUUGAUGCCGUAAGGGCGGAGAUCGCGAAGAAUGGGGUAGGGCAGGCGUUGUGGGUGUGGUCGCCCAAGCCGGAGCUGGGGUGA